UUGAGCGUAGCGGCGCGGCGCGGUUUCACGGCAAGCUUCGAUUUCGAGCACGUGUUGUGUUACUGUGUGCGUGGUGGUUAUGAGUGAUUUUAGCACGUUUUACUUAUUGUUAUAAGAAUUAUUAGUUAACUGACUUUAAAAUGGGUCGUAAGGCAAAGUUUGAUGAGACCAAAAAAGUUAAGAAGGGUCCUGGUAGAAAAGCCAGGAAACAACCAGAUCCAGUUUUCAGAAAAGAGUUGUUGGAGGAUGAAAAUGAGACAAAGAAGAUGAGCCAUAGACAAAAACAGAGGGCAGCUAGAAGGGCCAAGAAGAAGGCAGAGUUAGCAGAGAAGAGAAAAGCAUUGAAACAAGCUAAGAAGAAUGUGGCUAAGCAGACUGAAGUGAAGCAGGUGGAGGAGGAAGAUAAUUCUGAUGAGUCCGGAGAUGAGAGUGUUAAGGGUUUCACUGAUGACAACAAGGAAUGGCUGAAACCAAAGCAAAAAGGCAAAGCCAAGAAGCCUGAGCCAGAAAGUGACAGUGGUCAUGAUGAGGGUUCUGACGAAGAAGGCUCUGAUGAUGGGUCUGCGGAGGAGUCGGAGCAGGAAGCUGACAGUGAUGAUGACAAACCUAAAGCUGGUGAAAAUUAUAAGGUUGGAAAACUGGAUGAUUUGUUUGCGGAUUCUGACCAAGAAAAUGGUGAUGUCACUUCUGAAGAUGAAGGGACAGCUACAGCUUCAAAAUUAGAGUAUAAUUCCGACUCCAGCGAAGAGAAAAGUGACACCGAUGAUGAUGAUGAUGAUGACAUGCUUCCCAUUGAAAAAGCUAACAUUAAGCUGAAGAAAAAACAGAAAAUUGACAAAAAACUCGCAGAUGAAGAGAUGCAACUAAACAUUGCUAAGCAAGAUGUAUUUGCUUUUCCCACAGAAGAAGAAUUGCAAAAUCCUAGCAACUUGCAAGAUGUACUGCAAAGGAUCAAGGAUGUUGUCAAUGUUCUAGGUGACUUCAACCGUUUGAAAGAAGGAGGGAGAUCCAGAUGUGAAUACACUGACUUGCUUCUCAAAGACAUGUGCCUUUAUUACAGUUACAAUGAAUUCCUAAUGGAAAUACUAAUGCAGAUAUUCCCUGUGCAAGAAUUAGUAGAAUUCUUAGAGGCAAGUGAAACAGCGCGACCUGUGACGAUUAGAACCAACAGUCUUAAGACUAGGCGGAGGGAUUUAGCUCAAGGUCUUAUUAAUAGGGGAGUUAAUUUGGAUCCUGUUGGAAAAUGGAGUAAAGUUGGCCUUGUUGUAUACAGUUCCACUGUGCCUAUUGGUGCUACACCAGAAUAUUUGGCUGGCCAUUAUAUCUUGCAAGGUGCAUCAAGUUAUUUACCUGUGAUGGCGUUAGCUCCUCAAGAGAAAGAGAGGAUUUUAGACAUGUGCGCUGCCCCUGGUGGUAAAGCAUCACAUAUUGCUGCUAUCAUGAAGAAUACCGGGGCAUUAUUCGCAAAUGAUGCUAAUAAAGAACGAACUAAAGCUAUUGUGGGCAACUUCCAUAGACUGGGAGUUGUAAAUGCAGUUAUUAGUAACUACGAUGGCAGGCAGUUCCCAGAAGUGAUAAAAGGUUUUGAUAGGGUACUUUUGGAUGCUCCUUGCACGGGUACAGGGGUUAUUGCUAAAGACCCGAGUGUUAAAACUACAAAAGACCAGAAAGACAUCCAAAGAUGUUUCAACUUGCAAAGGCAGUUGCUGCUAGCUGCUAUUGACUGCUGUAAUGCCAAAUCCAGUACCGGAGGUUACAUAGUUUAUUCCACCUGUUCUAUACUUCCUGAGGAAAAUGAAUGGGUAGUGAACUAUGCUUUGAAACGGAGGAAUGUGAAGCUGGUUCCUACUGGUCUUGAUUUUGGCACAGAGGGCUUUGUGAAGUAUAGGCAUCACAGGUUCCAUCCGUCUUUGAAGUUGACUAGAAGAUUCUAUCCUCAUACACACAACAUGGAUGGAUUCUUUGUUGCUAAACUGAAGAAGUUCUCUAAUAUCAUUCCUGAACCCUUCAAGGACGAAGAUGACGAACAAGAAGGUAAAGAGAAUACUGAGACCUCUCAAGACGAAGCAGAUAAUACUGAAGGCGACAAGACUGCUACAAAACGAGCAGCACCUGACAACGUCCCUGCACCGGCCGCUAAGAAGACUAAACCUAAUAAAAAUAAUGAAGCUAAACCUGGCUCCCAAGUCAACAAUGCCCAAUCGCCUAAUCAAAAUAAAAAGAAGAAUAAGAAAAAGAAGAAGAAAAACAAGCAGGGAGCAGAAAACAAAGAUAAUUCACAGUCUAUUGAAACAAAGGAACCUCAGCAAAACGUAAAUGCUAACAACGAAGGUAAAAAACAGAAGAAGAAGAAAAAUAAAAAACCUAAUGCAAGUCAAGGAGAUAAUAAAAAUAACCCACAAUCUGCUGAACCGAAGGCACCUCAAAACGUAAAUGUUACCAGUGAAGGUAAAAAGCAAAAGAAUAAGAACAAAAAGCCCAAUGCGAACCAAGGAGUAGUUUCUAAUGAUACACGACAGACGCAAAAUAACGUGCAGACUAAAAACGAAGCUAGCCCCAAACCUGUUGUCAACAAAAAUGCUCCGCCUACACCAAGUCCAAACAAAAAGAAAAAUAAGAAGAAAAACAAAAAUAAAAAUCCUGCGCCAAAUGCUCAACCGGUAGCAAAUAAGGUCACCCCAUCAGUUGAAGCUGCAGCCGCGAAAAAACUCAAAAAUAAACUAAAGAAAAAGGCUAAAAAACAGAUUGGACAACUGAAAACAGAUAAAGUCAAAACUGACAUACCAGCACAGGAACAAGGGAAAGGCAUAGGCAAGAAAAACAAGAAAAAGAAAUUCAAUAAAAAAGCUGAAGCUUAGUCAAUUUAUAGUAAGUUGUAAGUAAGAUUUAAUGUUUGUUAUGACUGUAACAAUAAAGUUAAUAUUUUAUUUA